UGGAAUCUCACUUUAAAUCUCAUUUACGAGCCAGAGGUUCAACUUGCGGACCUCCUUCUCAACAAUAUUUCCCAUUAACUCACACUUCAGAAACCGAAACCAUGUCCGUCAAUCACACACCACGCACUAGGCAAUCAAUUCCCUCGCGCGAUACUCCCUUAGAACCCCGAAGUAACAGACCAGCGCGCCGCUCCGAUGUCCAGGGAGCAAGCGAUCGGCGACAAGGUCAGCCCGCCCGUCGCACUAUUCUACAGCUACCCACCUACCAGCCCCAAGUCGCCCCUUUGAACGCCACUACGACACAUAAACUCGGCCAACUGCAACGUUUCCCGCAUCUGACAACGAUGCAGACGCAACUAAAGGCUGCCGCGCAAGCGUUGACGGAGUGCGCGGGAAUGGUUAAUGAUCGACUGGCCGACGCGAAGGCGCGAGAGGCGAGGAGAACGGGGAUGAAGAGGAAAGCGGUGGAUGUGGAGGAUGAUGAGGAAGUAGAGCAGGGUGAUGGGGAAGGUGAAGAGGUGAAUAUUAGAAUUGUUGAUUUGGAAGAGCGCGUGAAGACGAUGACAGGCCAGUUGGAGGAGAAGAUGCGCCAAAUUGUCGAUGCGGAGGCGCGUACUAUUUCGUUGACGGAUGGUUUGAAUCGGAUUCAUCAGCAGGCGGUUGAGGCGGUAGCCGCGCAGCCGCAGGCGAAGCGGAGGAGGAUGAGGAGGCGGCCUGGGGAGGAGAGUGAAGAAGAUGAAGGGGAGGAUCAAGAUGAUGGUGAACUUUCCGCAGAGGAGGCUCCCCAGAUACGAAAUGGUGGAACGUCCAAGGUGCUGCGGACGGAAUUGAAGGAGAAGAAGGCCCAGUGGAAGGAGACGUCGUUGACAGAUCGAUACACAACCAAUGACAAAUACAUUGGUUUCUACCGCGUAGUGCACGAAUCGAAAUAUCCUGGCGAUGAGAUCCCGCCUCUCCCGCACCCGUCCACUUGGUUCGCAGACGUUGAACAACCUACUACGGCUACCCUUGGCGAAGCCACAACCACCAACACCUCCAGCGGGGCAAAGGAUGCCAAGGUAGAGCCGACUUUAGACGACUCCGAUGACCUAGCCAUCCGCAGCGAACGAGUCUCCCUCCGCUGCCCAAUAACCCUCCUCCCUUUCACAGACCCUGUCAAAAGCAUGAAAUGUCCCCAUAGCUUCGAGCGGACUGCCAUCGUCGCGAUGAUUGAACGGAGUAAGAAGCGCAUAAUUAUCCCUUCUAAUGGCAAGCGUGUCCCAUGCGUCGAGUGUCCUGUGUGCUCGGUGCAUAUUUCUAUGCAUGAUCUUGAUACGGAUGUUGUGACAGUGAGAAGGUUGAGAAGAGCGGAGGAGAGGAGGGAGAGGGAAGAGGAGCAGGGCGGCGAGGAAGACUCGGAUGGGGGGGAGGAGGUUGUCGUGGAGAGGCCGGGGAGGAAGGGGAAGGGGAAGGGGAGGGGGAGGGGAAGGGCAGAGGCGAACCCUAAGGGGGAACAGGAAAGCAAGCGGGAGGAAUCAAGAGAGCCCAGCAUGGUGCCGGAUACGCAGAUGGUGGAUCUUGCUUGAUUGAUUGAUUGAUGGAUGGAUCUAUUGCUCUGGGCAAUGGUCGAAGCCGCGUAAUCCACUCAAUCCCACUCUAAUGACUCUGUAAUCUCUGUUCAAUUCAGAUCUCAGAGCUCUUCAUUCCGAACUUUCCCACUCCCUUUCUAUCCACAUUCCCCGACCCUUUGAAUGAAUUAUUUCUCUAUUCUCUUGUGAUCCAUCAUUUUCCACAAGUGUUCUGAUCACCUUGUUACACAAUUCCCUCUGAAUUAACCUUUAAUAAAUCUCCCAGAAAUGCAUCAUCAGGCACGCGGGCGGUUAUUCGCCGUCUUUCUCUUCGCCCCUAGCGCUUUUCUUCUUCUCCAAACCCACCCUAUCAAUUCACCUUCGCACCCACGACACCUACAAGCAAAGUUUUCAUCCAUUCCUCCACUCUCGACCUGGCCUGCCUCACACGUGACACGGCAGCAUUCGGCCACUUCGGCCAGCACAGUGGCGCAGAUGAUGUAAGAAUAGAGAAUCAAGUUAUUAAGUCCGUGUUUUAUGCAGAUGCUACAGUCUACCUGGUCCAAGGAAAAGACAAAACAGACCGAAUAUAGAUGAAGGGAUUUUGGGCAAGUAUUUGAAGCUUUUAGUGCAACGGCCCCCAGUCAGCCCGGUUAAGCUUUAACCCCUGGUUGCAACAGCUGUAAGCUUAGCACAGCAUGCGGCUUAGGCUCGAGGGACAUUAGCUGAACGGAAAAACACUUAAAUUAUGCCCCGGAAUGAAAGUGGACUAGCUACGAGAGACCGUCCGUCAAUACUACUAGAGGGGUUGCUCCAUGUCUCACCCCGUUUCCGCUCGCUUAUUGGGUGAUCAGCUCUAGAGCAAGGCAUCGGAACUGCACGGUUUAACACAUGCGAUGGGGUUAAAGGAGGGCGGCUGGAUUGGGUAUAAGGUUCCUGGCACCGGAACCCCAAUCUUACUCAACCUUUCCUGGAAGGCAAGAUGAUUCGUUCUCGUUUGCCAUUAUUGGAAAGACAUAGGAUGUGGUCGCGGAAAGCUGGAAGGUCAUUUCUCUGGCAGAGAGCAGUCCAUGAAGGACAGUUUGUGCAGGGGUCCUCUGGAGACCCUUAAUAUCCAGUGUGACGGGGAUAGCCAGGGGGGGGGGGGUGUGCGCCUCGCUCUCUUCUGACUGGUCCGAUGGAGUUCCUCAGGCAGAAUAAGCUCUAUGGAAGACAUCAGCAGCUAGUGCUCAACUACUGUGAUAAAAUUGCCCUAUUGGUAGAGCUAUCCUGGGGUACGGUACGAUGUUGUGGAUCCAACCCCUUACAAGGCUAUCUUAAGCCUGUAGGGUUGAGAUAGGGGGAAAGUAGUGCAGGGAUUGAAUCUGUUAUUUCAAUUGCAAGCUUUACGAUCCGGUUUUCAGCCUACACCGGUAUCAGCAUCAUAUGACCAUACUCCUUCGACUUGCCCUUUUCCCUUAACCGAAGAAGAAAAGGAAAAGUCUGAGAUACCUAACUAAAAUACCAUUUCUAAUUCAGAUGAAACAGCAGUUAAAAUACAGGUACUAGUUCAGGUUGAUUGAUUACUUGUGUCCCUGGUCUUAGACUGAGGAUGAGGUCUAGGGAAAAGUUUCAAUCCCAAAGUCACCAUCCAACUCUGCAUCUAUUCUCGCAACCCUCAAGUUUCCAGCCGCAGGCGCAACCUCAUCUUUUGGAAAAUCGAUUUUUGAGUUCGGUUCCCGUUUGAAACAUUUGCUGCCUUUCUGAAACUCACUCCCCUGCAUGCUCGCCCAGCGCCUUAAGCCCAUUUGCUAGGCAGGAUGGAUCAUAUCCUCGCUCGAGCAGUGUCUUGCCGCUGUUGUCAUAGAGAUCUUUUUGGCCUUUAGAAAAAUGCCUCGCUUUUGGAAAGAGUCGCGAUCUAUGCAAUGGCUUGACUCAUGCAUAUACACACUCUCUUUAGCGUCGCCGUAGACUGCAAUUAUGUUUCACGGGCCCACGCGAAGGCCUCCAGCAGUUUUGUCCUCAAAAGCAAUCAGAUGGCGGACACGGCUCCGCAGGCCUGCAGGAACUUCGACCGAACUUUUCCACCACGGUGUCCGCUGAAUGCUGUGCAUCAUUGUAGCGACAAAUUGCCCAGGGGUCUUGAUCAAGGCAACCCGAGUAGGUCACAUUGAAAACAUCAAGACGGUCAGCUGUACAGUAAACUCUUCCGUCACUCCCCUUUCGUUGUGCCAGCGCCCAGCAAUAGUCGGGAACACCUUCGGACUUGUCCCAUUGAGUAACUUCUGUGGGGUUCGCCCCCGAGAUAGGAUCGGAUCCAAGCUCUCCUAACCCAUUUGGGAACAGAAUUCCCCUGAUGCGUGAUUUUGUUUGUUAGCUAUUACUGUUCAUCUCGAAAUUCAAAAGAGACAUGAGAAAAACACUCGGUACGGUGCCUUGCAUCUAAUGGAGGUUGGGCGUUAAUUUUCAAAUAUACUACAACCGUCAAAACCGCUCUCGAUAGCCCGUCCAUAUGUACCGUCGCGCCUCUCAAGUUCUUUUGCAGCCGGCUCAUCAGCUACACAGGUAUCGGCAGCAACAGCAUUUAUAAAUUCAUCCAUUGGGAUUCCAGGGUAGCCGUGGAACAUCACUACUACCAGCAUUUUGAUAGCAUCUACUUGUCGAAAUGAGCUACCGAAAAGGGCAGAAUUCCCCUUGAAAUGUUGAACAACAAGGCCUUGGUCGAAUGCUGCGACAAGAAGAUCAGAGAUCGUAGCCCGAUCACCUGAUGGGAGGCGGGCGAGCAGGUUCAUGGAGGCUUCUCUGUCCCUUUCCGCACUGGCACAGUGACCUACAAGCCAGGGUUCAGGAAUCAGGACACUAUAUCCUCUCUCGCAUUAGAUAACGCCGGCUUCGUGUGUAUCUUCCCCCGCGAACCCAACAAAUUCUUGGGGCAAAAGGAAUCAUGGAAGAAUUAGGGGGGGCCCGGUGGAGGGGAAUCGGCUCUCUGGCUCAUAAACACUGCCGCCCCAACGCAACGUCCGAUGGCAUUCCUCGGCGAUGAACUGCAGAAAAAAGGAAGAGAAGCAGAGUUAGCGCAAAAGCAAUAGAUCAUAACAAGGAAGAGGAGAAAUAUUUACUAUCUUCUUCAGGCCAUUUUUCUAAGCUGUACCUUUGCGGGGCAGGUAGAGCAGCGGCGAUUUCUGCAUUGAAAUCUCGAACCACUUUCACAAGCGGAUCUUUGAUAAUCUGGGCGCCUGCCAAUCCAAGCAAUAUAAAUUGCUACAGCACCGUGACCACCCCCAUUUUGGCUACGAUCUUUUUCCUACUCUUUCCCCGGCUGGCUAUGCAAAAGUAUAUGAUAAAUAGGCACCCCCAAUGAAUCUCAAGAUUUCGAAAGUGGAAUGAGAGAGUGAGUGCAGAGAUCGACACAGGGCAGGAGGCAAGAUUAGAGAGCGGGCUCAGCUGAAUAUAAAUGCUCUUUGCAAAGGGCCUGGGUGCAAUGAUGAGCUGACUUGUUGCUAGCCAUCGUGCAAGAUUGCAAACGGCUGUAAUGAUCAGGGGGUUCAGCCUCUCUAUUAUUAGACAUAGGGAGAUAGUUGUAGCCAUGGCAGUUGACUCCACAAGGUGUUGAUUUUAAAUGAAUUAAGAGAACAACGAUGUCACUCUCCUGAAGACUUCAAAGAUUACCAUAUCAGACCGACGGGUCGUUGAAUCUGUAGAAAACUGGGGAUAUGCUUCUUCAGCGCGCUGACUUGCCU